AUGGGGAGCCCAAAGGCGGCCGAGAUUCAGACCUCGGCGCACCGCGCGCCAGAGGUGAUGCUUUUCAAGCCUGGCGCCUCUGUCACCAUCCAGUCCCACAGGCGCAGCAGCCUCCCAACUGGAACGUCGACAGAGGAGUUGCUGGAGCACUUUGCCAAAAGCUUUCCGGAAAAUCAGGAUUCUUCGCCCAAGAAGAACCUGACCCUCUGUGAGCGACUGGAACAGCUGCAACGGCAGACGGAGUCGGGGAUCACUGUCACUGACUUUCUGGACACAAUCCCGAAGCCCAAGGAAUUUAACAAGCACAUGGACGACUUCCUCGGCACAAUCUCGAAGCAAAAGGCUGCUCAGCGUCGACAGGAGGAUCUGGAUCGUCGUAAGUACGCUGCAAAAGUCAAAGCGUUCGAGGGCCAGCUUGGGCAGUCCGCAUCAGCACCUGAGCUCGCACGGCCUCUGCAGCUGUCGUCUGGGGUGCAUGGGAGUGCCAGCUAUUCCUUUGGAAGGCCGACCCACAAGAAGGGCAAAUUCCAGGUUCCUGUGCUACAAGUUCGGGAUGCUGAAUAUGGUACUGAAGGCGAGAUUACCCCUGGUGCUGGACAUUACAGCCUGCCUUCGGCGACCUUCCCAGAGGUUGUGGAGCAUGGCGGAUCUCAAACAGGUGGAUGGAAGUAUGCAGAGCACAAAUUGUUCAUGGAGUGCUUGAAGGCGCACAGGCAUAAGCCGACGCAACAUUUCUUCGAGCACUUGUACCAUGAGAUGCCAGAUAUGCCUCGACUGGAAAUCGUGGACCAUGUUCACUGGCUAGCAAACUUCUACUUUCAUUUGGCCCAAAAACAAUGGAACAUUGACAAAUACGAGGACGACAAGCAGUUGGCGGCCAUGCAGAAGACGCGCAAGUUCCCUUCAAUUGAGGAACAGGAGCAGAAGGAAUGGAUGCACCGGCAGGAAGUGAUGACCCAGCGAAGGAAGCGGGAUGAGCUCCAUGCUUGGGCUGACCGUGAGGAGCGGAGGUUGGGCCUGAAGCGCAUGGAGGUCAAGGCUGAUUUCCAGCCUCACCAGCGCUUCCAGGGCGAGGUGGUGGAGGCCAACAUUCGUGGACCUCAUCCUGGUCUUAAACGAUCUCCAGGGUACACUUGGUGCAACUCGAAGGAAGUUCGUGAUCUGCAGUCAAAGCAUUUCACGGACCUGAGUCACGUGCGGUCUUCCUCACAUCUUGAUGGUCCUGGGCCAGGUCAAUACCUAGGCCAUGAAGAGCAAUCACGGCUCCUGAAGAAGUCGCCUUCGUACGUCUUCGGCCUGAAGAAGCCGGCUGCCAAGAUCGUCGGGCCUUCAUUGAAUGGUCCUGGCUACACUGGACCAGAUCAUGCGUGGGACAGGGUGUCCAAGGACCUAGCCAUCAUAAGCCACCACCAGAACAAACCUGCGUGGAGAUUUGGCAAGGAGAAUGCGCGCAAGUACCCGCUUCAAGUCGAGCUCAGUAGUCCGCCUGAGGUGGGACCAGGCAUGUACGAGUCGACGAAAGGACUGCAUACUCAGUUUCCUCUGUGA